GAGAGAGAGAGAGAGAGAGAGCAGAACUUCCAUGCUCAUGGAUGAGAGAGACGGCCACAGGUAGAGAGCAAGAGAGAGAGAGAGAGAUGGUGUGAGAGAGAGACGAGAGGAGGGGGUUUAAGGGAGGGUUUAGGUCUACCAACUGGUGGUUACAGAUUAAGCACCUUAACCAAACACCAGCCAGGAAUUAGAGGGGAAGGGAGGGAGGGGAGGAAUGAGGAGGAGAAGCAACAUUGCUGGUUAAAACUCCAACAACUACUACUAGUCGGCUAGCUCUGUUUCAAGCAAGAACCCAAAGCUAAGCAAUCCACGGAGCUUUAAAAAGCAGUGACUGUUUCGGAAAGUGAGUGUUUGUGUGGGUUGCAGACAGAAAGAAAGAAAAAAGAACCAACUUUUGCGAAGAGAGAGAGAGAGAGAGAGAGAGAGAGAGGAAGAGGGUCGGGUCUUGUGUGUGGUUCUCAGGUGUGUGAACUGGGUCUCUCCAAUAGUUCAUUGCAAAUUGGAGCCUUUCUUUCUGCUGAAUUCUCGGGACCAGAGGAUGUUUGGUGUCUUGGAAGAGUUUUUUGCCCGUUCUGUGGUAUACCCUCAACUGGUAUAGGCCUUCAGAGCUCUCUCGGUCAUUAUGAAAGGCCUACUCAGAUAAGCAGUUGCAAGCAGCAUGUCGACUUACUAUACCAGUUCCAGUGACCAAAGAGAUGCUGCACCUGUUCUAUACUUACGAGAACACGCCCCCACAUCGCACGCUGAAGAACCUCUUCUUCCUGGCAAUAAUAUGACAUAUGUAACUUCUGGUUUCUUCUCGAGUGCAUUGACCGGGAAUCCUCAGCAGCAAAGUAAUGGCAUGGAUAUGUUGUCUGUUGGUGGUCUGGAUACUAUGCCGCAGCACCAAGCUAUGUUUUCUGGCCUUGGUGGGUCCCAAAUGAGCGAUCAUGGUUUGGCUGGGUGGAGAGAUGGGAGGAAUGAGAUGCUUUUUAUGCAGCCAAUGGCCAGCCACUCAACAGUCCAAGAUGGUCAGAACAUGCAGGGACAGGGACUUUCACUUAGUUUGGGGACGCAUAUUCCCUCAGGCAUCCACAUUCCUUCGAGUCAAUAUCGGAGUCAGAACUUGGGUUUAACUGCGUUCUUAAGUCCUAAUUCGUCAAAAUCGGCUGAAAGCAAUAGUAGAAAUGGCUCCACUGUUGAUGAACAACCAAGAAGUGCAGAGUUCUUCCCCCAGAGUCUAGUAGGAGCCAACCAAGACUUGAACACAGGGAACUUUUCUGUAAAUGGAAUGUCAAACAUGUCAAGAAUGCUUUCGAAUUCUAGAUACCUAAGGGCAGCUCAACAGCUGCUUGAUGAGGUUGUUAAUGUUCGGAAAGCUUUGAAGCAAUCUGAUAGUGAGAAGAUUAAGAAGUCUGAAGAGGGAGAUGAGGAUUCCAAGAAAGACGUGGUCUCAAAUCCUCAAGAGUCGGAUGGUAAUUCCGCUGGCGACCUUUCACAGGCUGAAAGACAAGAAUUGCAGAGCAAGUUGGCCAAACUUUCGUCAAUGUUGGAUGAGGUUGAUAGAAGGUACAAACAGUAUUACUAUCAGAUGCAGAUUGUAGUGUCGUCCUUCGACGUGAUAGCAGGACCUGGUGCUGCUAAACCAUACACAGCCCUUGCCCUUCAGACGAUAUCGCGCCACUUUAGGUGCUUGCGAGAUGCAAUAAGCACCCAAAUUCAAGCAACCCGUAAGAGUCUUGGGGAACAAGAUGCUUCUGGAAGCAGUAAAGGAGUGGGAAUACCCCGGCUUCGUUUUUUGGACCAGCAGCUCAGGCAGCAACGAGCCCUACAGCAGCUUGGGAUGAUGCAACAGCAUGCAUGGAGGCCGCAAAGAGGACUUCCUGAGAGUUCUGUUUCUAUUCUUCGGGCCUGGCUAUUUGAGCAUUUUCUUCAUCCUUACCCAAAGGAUUCUGACAAAAUCCUGCUUGCAAGGCAGACAGGCUUGACAAGAAGUCAGGUCUCGAAUUGGUUCAUCAAUGCAAGAGUGCGUCUCUGGAAACCUAUGGUCGAAGAAAUGUACAAAGAAGAGAUUGGGGAUGCGGAAAUGGACUCCAACUCAUCCUCCGACACAGCCAAGCCAAAAACAGGAGAUAUCAAGUCCUCCAUGGAGGACCGGGUGGAAGAAGUGCAACAGAGUUCAACAGCUACACAGAGAUGCAGCUCAGGCCAGCUCAUGGACUCAUCAUUCGACCGGACUCCAGAUGUCGAAAUGGCAGGCCACUCUGUGGGAUUCAACUACCUGAACGGGAGACAUAGAGAUGUCGAAGCUGAAUAUGGCCAGAUGAAGCUAAAUGGAGAGCAAGCUGGUGUCGACGAUUGCGGUCUCUUCCAGAAUUCCAUGGUUCAGUCCGGCAGCAACAAUGACAGGUUUAUGGCUGCUGCCGCUGCCUAUCAAAUGGCCGAGCUGGGAAGGUUUGGGGGAGGGAGCGGGGUGUCCCUUACUCUGGGACUGCAACAUUGCGAGGGAGGCACCAUGCCCGUCUCUACUGGUGCCCACAGCGGCUUCCUGGCCAUGAGAGGGGAUGACAUGUACAACCAGGCGGCUUCUUCCAUAGGCACCGAGACGACAGAAUUUGAAAGCAUCAACAUCGGGAACCAGCAGCAGAGGUUUGGUUCCACGCAAUUGUUACACGAUUUCGUGGCGUGACAACCUCCACGGACUUAUCCUCAUGACGAGAAAGCCUCCGAGACCAUUCCGUUAAAGCUUGCGGCAGGGAUGUUAGGGAAAUGACUUGUAUUGUGGCACCAGCACAGAAAAGUCUGUAUGAUAAUGUUUUUCUUUUUUUUGGAAGGGUUAGCAAGAUCUGUAAAGAUUUAAGAUUCACACACUAUUUGUUUAAUAUGUGAACUGGGGAAUUGUAUAAUUAGGGCCAAGCCAAGCUUAGUACAGAAAUAAUGAAAAGGGAAUGUUGGGGUUGAAACUUUUGAAUUGGUGGGGUUGUGAUUGUGGCGGCGAUUGGGGAAAAGAUUCUUCUCCUUGUAAUGGGCAUGAAUGAAUAAUACUAAUAAAGACCCCAUCUUUUCUUUUCACA